CAGGCCGUGAUGAUGCCGGCUAGGUGGCGCGCCCAGGUGACGUAGGGGGCCGCGCGCCCCUGGAUUGGCUCCCGGUCGUCUCCGGAAGACCCGCCCCCGCUCACCUCCCGGAGAUCCCGGCAGCCACAGGCCCGCGCCCCCACCCCCGCCAUGUCUGGAGGGCUUCUGUGCGCUCUGGACAGCGACUCCUAUGUACAACUCGGCCAGUACCGCGACCAGCACUUCCGGGGUGACAAGAAGGACCAGGAGAAGCUGCUGCAGAAGAGCUGCACCCUGUACGUGGGGAACCUGUCCUUCUACACCACCGAGGAGCAGAUCUACGAGCUCUUUGGCAAGAGCGGGGACAUCAAGAAGAUCGUCAUGGGGCUGGACAAGGUGAAGAAGACGGCCUGUGGCUUCUGCUUCGUCGAGUACUACUGCCGAGCGGACGCCGAAAACGCCAUGCGCUACAUCAACGGCACGCGCCUGGACGACCGCAUCAUCCGCACGGACUGGGACGCCGGCUUCAAGGAGGGCCGGCAGUACGGCCGGGGAAGGUCGGGGGGCCAGGUGCGAGACGAGUACCGCAAGGACUACGACGCCGGCAGAGGCGGCUACGGGAAGAUGUGCAAAGUCGGCGAGUGACGCCGCCUGCCCGGCUCUCCUCGGCUUCUCCGUGACCGGCCCGUCCCGCGCCCCUCUGUGCAUGGCUCCAGGGCUCCGGGCGCCCCUCCCGGAGGGCGGCCGUCCCGGCUCCGGCCGUGGCGCUCCACCAGAGUCCGCCUUCCGGGGGCCUUCUCAGUCCUGGAGACGGAGGCGGCCUCGGCCCUCCCACGCUCGGGCCGAGGCUCUGGAAGGGGCCCGCGAGGCGCCUGCUCGCCUCUCCCGGAGGCCGGAGCCUGGGCUUGGGUGGGCGGGCAGGAGAGCAUCAGCGGGAGGGCGGCGCUGCGGGGCGCCCCGGGGGACUCUCUGUUCCUGACCGGCGCUCGGGGCUCCCCGCCAAUAAAUCAUGCUAACCGUC